UAUGAAUUAUUUAAAGUCAAUUAUUUCUGAAUGGGCCAAAGAUGUUUAUGAUUGUAUAGACAUUGAAUUUUUGUUGAGUGGCUCGAAAUUAUUAAAUACAGAUAUUGUUGAAUCUGAUGUUGACGGAAUUGUUGUUUUAAAUAAAAACAAAGACGAUGGUUGUAAAGUAAAUGAAUUAAAUCAGUUUAUUGGUAAUACAAACAUUGAUGAAUGUAAAAAUCUUGAAAAAAUUGAACUUUUGGAAAUAUCUCUUUUUUGUUCUCUAUACAAUGUAAAUAAAUUAAACUUUUUUUUGUUUUAG